AUGGAUCAUGACACAAGACCUGCAUCACCAGGACUUCUGGGUACUGCAGCAUUUGCAUUCUUCUGCUUCUACCUUCUGAUUGCAGUUAUUGCUGGGGCAAUGAUGCUUGGCUUGAGAUUAGUUUUCAUUACGAUUCAUCCAAUGAAGUGGGGGGCUACAUUAAUGAAUUCGUUUCUCUUUAAUGUGGGACUCAUUCUUCUUUGCUCUAUUAGGUUGUCGACCCAUGGUUUAUUGAGUGUGAUUCAGUUCUGCGCCACUGCAUUUGCAUACUAUGCCCAAGCUACUGCUGCUCAAGAAAUAUUUGGGCACACCUUGCAAUCCCUUCGUGGAAUAAAAUAUUUGUACAAGUACAAUGUGUUUCAAAUUGCAUUCAUUACUCUAGCGGGGCUGACAUUCGUGUAUUAUGCAGCUUUUGGAUGGAGAAGAAAAAAGCCGAGUGGCAGAUUCCAGCUUUCCACUUGA